UUUAUGGUGCGCGGUCAGUUCAGUUCAGACCAGAUUCAGAUUCAGAUUCCGAUUUCGAUUCUGUUUUAGUAGGGUAGUAGUGCCGUGUACCGAGUGCCGAGUGCCAAGUGUUCCCUAGGCCUAAUGAGCCCCCUUUGCGUGUUAAUUGCGAAUUAAUGACUGGCGAUUAAAAUGCAAUAAUCGCUUGCAUGGUACCCUACGAAUGAACCUCUGCGGUUCGGUUACUUUCAAGUGAAACAGUGUAGUCUAUAGAGGUCUGACAUCUAUAGAGUUCCCUUUGAAAUAACGCAGACAUUGUGCCCCGAGAAUGUUGUGGAAAAAAACUUCAACUGGAGAGGAUUAAAAAGAAACAGUGCAAAAAACGGAAAACAGGAAACACCCGAAACAAAAAACAAACACUUUCAUUGCUCCCCAGGCAGAGCUUAGUAGAGAGUGCUUCCCGGAUCUAAUUUGACGGAAUCGUUAGUUGACCAGACCGACCUCGACAUCUCCCACCCCCCGCACCGACACGUUUUGCUGGGGGAUCGCGUGCCGAGAGUACAACGAUAAUAACAAUAAACUUGCGGAUAACAACUACAGAAACAGCAAUAGAAUGUCCGCCCGCCUGACAUCGUUGUCCCCGUCAUCGGCAUCGGCAUCGGCAUCAUCCCUGCUCCCGGCCAGAGCCAAUUUCGGAUUACUCAACUGGCUCAUCAGUUGGCUGCUGCUGUCGAUGGCGCUGCUUAGAGGCUACAGCGCUGCGAUUGCCCCCACGCCGCCCACGACCACCACCACGACCAUCUCGCCCUCGAAUCUGCUGCCCUACUUCGACUUUGACGUGCCGCGCAACUUGACCGUAACCGUCGGCCAAACCGGCUUCCUACACUGCCGCGUGGAGCGGCUGGGUGAUAAGGACGUCUCCUGGAUACGCAAACGUGAUCUGCAUAUACUCACCGCCGGCGGCACAACCUAUACAUCUGAUCAGCGUUUCCAGGUCCUGCGACCUGAUGGCUCGGCCAAUUGGACUCUGCAAAUAAAGUAUCCCCAGCCCCGCGACUCGGGGGUCUACGAGUGCCAGAUCAACACGGAGCCCAAGAUGUCCUUGUCGUACACCUUCAAUGUUGUGGAACUCAAGGCGGAAAUCUUUGGGCCCAGAGAUCUGAUGGUGAAGACAGGCAGCGACAUUAACCUAACCUGUAAAAUUAUGCAGGGACCCCACGAGCUGGGCAACAUAUUCUGGUACAAAGGCAGCGAAAUGCUCGAUGGCAAAGGCGAGAAUGAAAUUGACAGCUCCAUGGCCCGCAUCCGCGUCGAGGAUGAUUGGUCGGACGGCCUGACUUCGAGAUUAAAAAUCAAGCACGCCAUGCCCGGCGAUACUGGCAACUACACCUGUGUACCCACGGUGGCGAAAACCUCGAGCGUCUAUGUGCACGUAAUUAUUGGCGAACACCCGGCGGCUAUGCAACAUAACUCGAGCAGCAACAGCAACAGCUUUUAUUGCGGCAUCUGCUGUAUGCUGCUUAGCAUUGUUUCCUGCUGCCUGCAGCAUUGGUACGAGUCCGGGAGUGGAUAUGUCUCAACAACGGCGAUGGCAAGUACGGGUUCGGUGUUCAAUUUCCCCCGGCAUGCAACGUUGCAAACAAGAGGAACUGGAGUCACGAGAACAGCAGUAUCGACAACGGCAGCAGUGGCAGCUGCUCCAACUAGCAACAUGUUGCGAGCACGCCCGGCGGCGGCUCAGUGCAUGAGAUGAAGGAAUAAUCAACACGCCGGUGAGGCAAAACAGGAAUCAGCAGAACACUAAAAAGGCAAACACACAUACAAACACCACGCCCACAUUCAAGGUGAUUUAAUUUCUGUUUCGGGCGCGGUAAGGUCUGCGUUGUCUCAUGAAAAAGUAUUUAUUAAUGUCUAAGAUGAUGAGUGCACGUAGUUUAAAAAGAAAACGUAUUAUCCGAUAUGCGACGUUAUAGCAACAUGCGAAUGGAAAGACAAGGGAAGGGAGGGAAAUGAAGCCAGAGGCUGGGAAACCCUGAGCCCUUCAUCUGGCACUGGAAAAACCUAACCAUUUUUCGUGGAUUAUCAGAAUCUAGUUCAAUGUUUAUAGAGAAUAAACAAGAGACGAUGUAAUACAAAUUAAAGUUUUGUGCGAUUCGUUAUGAUUUUACUGGCCAGUGAUCGAUAGCAACGAUCGAUAAUUCAUAGUCGACUAUAGAAUCAAUACCGAUUGACAGUAAUAAGUAUCGAUAUAAAUGUCACAUCAUUAACUAGAGGAAAAUCUAUUUAAAAUUUCUGAAAACCGAUUAUUUUUGUCUUUUUGUGAGUACCGUUAAUCAGCUACCGAUAUACAAUUAUCG